CGGUGCUAUCAUCUUGGCCAUGGUGACUACGAUAUCCAUCUUUUCGAAAUGAUAACUCAGGGAAUACAGACGUUGGUCGAUAUUCAGUUGGAUGCACUUGAGAAGCUCCUCUAUUACAGACCAACCUCUAUAGUCGGUUGGUUGGGUGAUAUCAGUGACCCUGACCCCGCGCUCGAAAGUUGGAAUAUAUCACGGUCCACUAGGCUAGGUAGGGAUGUGUAUUUUGGUCUUUUUGGGUCAACAACUUCAAAAGUGAUCUGCGGACUACCUCAAGACUUGGUCCAUCAGAUAAGACAGAGGUUAAGCCAAAGCAGCGGAGAAUCUCCGUCCCGCGCAUGCCAAGCCCUUAUCGUCGCGAUAAGGGCAGCUUCCCCCUCCUUAUGUCACCGGCAUCAUCCAUUCUGCAUUCCGCCGAAGGCUUUACUCGAACCUGCUAGAAAGAAGGCGUUGCUACUUUUGCCAAGGCCAACUCCUCAAUUCAUCUGAAAGACCUACCAUACAGCUCAAUAUCACCAAUUGAAUCGACCUGCCACCCAUGUUUUCCGUCGUCAUCCCCGGCCGGCCGUGUCUGACAGAUAUCAUCGCCGUCGACAGCCAGCCCAAUGGCCAAGCAACCAAAUUUGCCUUCACAAUUCCCGUCAGCCCUUCCUUCUCCGAGCUCGUUGUCUUCUUCCUCCCCGGCACAGUCCUCCCACCAAACACCGGCGCUGCCAUCUACAUCCAGCUCCCAGACCCUAACACGGGCAACCCAACCGACUUCCGAUUCAUUGGCGCGCUAGCAAACGAGAAACCCUCCGGCAUCUUCAAGAUCGAGGCACCAUCACAAGCAAACAAUGGCGCCGGCCGCAGUGAGGCCGAACAAGAAGACGCAAUGCUCGACGAGGGCUCCACCGGCAGCGCAAUCUCGUCAAACGGCGUCGCAACACUAGGAAUCUCAAUCGAGCCCGUCCAGAACAUCGCGCCACAGCUCUCCGCGCUAGAAGCAGAGCGCCCAUCCACCUCCACCGCGCUAGUCCCACAAAACCCCGAGCAGCGCCAACAAAAGCAGAUCUCAACCAAGAUGCUAGCGCAGCGGAUCAUCGGUAGCGCAUUCAAUUUCCUCGCCAGCUUUGCCGAGAGCGAUCCGGCUAAUAAGGGCCACGAGGUAGUCCCUUUGAAAAGCUUCCGGGAUUGGUGGACCAAAUUCGAGCGACGCAUUGAUAUGGAUCCCACGUUCUUGGAGCGAGAAGAUCCCAAUGCAACGUAAAUUGAGCAACGCCCAACGCGCAACGCGGUGAGCCGAGCCAAGCCGAGUAUAUUAAGUGUGCUGCGUGGGCGCGGCUGAAAGAUCCGCCCGUUCCCUUUCGUUUCGCCAUCGACAUCCCUGCUUGUGGGGUUUUCGUGCAUGUGGCUGUGUUUCAGGAGUAGCUGAUUUUUGCAUUGAGCGAUUGGCAUUUGAUUUCUCAGAUCUCUUUUUGGUCUCUUUGGUCUAAUUCUGUGUCCUUGUUCAGACAUGACAAAAAAUGACUAUCGUCAUUAUACGCUAAUUGAGAAGAGCUUGUGUAUCACUAAAAAAUAAGUUUCAAUCACGUCGAAUUAC